AUGGGCCAGCUUCACAUCAAGAUCCGCUACCUCGUGGUGGUCGCCAUGGUGGAGGUGGCCAUGGACCACAAGCCGUCGCACCGCGAGAUGACCUCGGUGCUGCUGUCGGACCUCUACCAGGAGUGUCUGACACAGACCGACAUCUGUCGCGGCUUUGACGCGCUGCUCGCCUCGCUGCCCGACCUGGUGCUGGACUGUCCGGAGGCGUCCGACAUCCUGGGAAACUUCAUGGCCCGCUGCGUGGCCGACGACUGUCUGCCGCCCAAGUACCUGUCCAGCCACAAGGGCAGGGUGGAGUGUCGGCACGCCAUCAAGGCGCUGGACCGUGCCGACCUGCUCAUGAGCGUCAAGCACGGGAUGGUGCGCCUGGACAACGUGUGGGGCACGGGCGGGCCGCGCCGCCCCGUCCGCUACCUGGUCAAGCAGAUGAUCCUGCUGCUGAAGGAGUUCCUCAGCUCCAGCGACGUGGAAGAGGCCAUCCGGUGUCUGAAGGAGCUGGAGGUGCCGCACUUCCACCACGAGCUGGUGUACGAGGCGGUCACCAUGGCCAUUGAGCGUUCCGACACCAGGUCCAUCCAGGAGAUGGUGCGCCUGCUCAAGACCAUGUACGGCGCUUGCGUGCUCACCACCAACCAGAUGGACGAGGGCUUCCUGCGCGUCUACGACGCCAUGCCGGACACACAGCUGGACGUGCCGGACGCCUACGGCCUGCUGGAGCUCAUCGUCACGCUGGCCUUCCAGAAGGGCAUCAUCUCGCGCGACACCAUGCGCCGCAUGCCGACCAAGGGCCGCAAGCGGUUCGUCUCGGAGGGCGACGGGGGACGCAUCAAGGCGCGCGAGCUGCCCGGCCUCGCCUACUGAGCGAGCCGGCGGCCGGCCCGACCGGCGCCGGCGCGCGCGUGUGGUGUGGCGGGCGAGCGGGCCGCGCGCCAGAUCCCGUGGCGGUGCGCGGUCGAUCAGGACGCUGGGCGGCGCCGCGACGCGUCGGCGAGCCCCCGCCCUCCUCCGGUGUUGUGCCGCUCGCGCCCGGCCGUCCUCAGCGCCGUAAUGUUGUGUGUGUGUCUCUCUCUAUAUUUCUCUCUCCCUCUACCUCCACUAGACGUGCGAGAGCCUGCGUGUGGCCUGCGGUCGCGACUGGCGGACAGGGACGAGUGUGGCUGUGGAGCGGGACCCGCUGCGGGUGAUUUUCGCGUGCUACGGACGCCGUCAGACUGUGUGACUUGUUCGCGGGUGGGACUGCUGAGACGUGUGACGGCGCGAGCGUGGCUGAGGUGGCCUCUUCCACUGACGUUUAAUUACCUCCGGUCGGGGCGCGAGACACAGCGCUGGUUUGGCAGACGCUCAUUUUCAACGACAGACGAGAUGGCCGACGAGCUGACAGACCGGACUGCCGUGGGAGCACCUGAGCGACGUGGUGCCUGUCUGGACCAACCGUGUGAUCAGAAAAUGCGUGAUGAAGUUGUGCGCGCUCUGCCGCAGAGCUGUGAUUUCA